UGAGUUUAGCAACAUCACCCUCACUUUACAUACUAAUCACAUUUCUAUUAUUCAUUACCUUGCUCCAUGUUACAACACUCCACACUACUGCAACCGCCCCUAGUAUUUCCUCAGGUGGAAACAUGACUGAUCACCUUGCGCUGCUCGCUUUCAAAUCAUCGAUCACUAAUGACCCUCAAGGGGUCUUCAGAUCUUGGAACAAGUCCUUCCAUUUCUGCGAGUGGGAAGGUGUUGGAUGUGAUCUCCGACACGGAAGAGUCACAAUUUUAGACCUCGGAUCAAAAGGCCUAGUGGGUUCCCUGUCUCCUCAUGUCGGAAACAUGAGCUUUCUUCACGUGCUGAGGCUCGAAAACAACACCUUUCUAGGCGCGAUCCCUCCUCAACUCGGCCGACUCAACAGGUUGCAGAGAUUAUAUCUGAGCUCCAGCAACUUUGAAGGAGAAAUUCCCGCCAACCUAUCUCACUGCUCCAACCUCACACACCUUCUUGUAAGUGAUAAUAAGCUAGUUGGAAAAUUUCCGAACGAGCUUUGCUUCUUCACCAAGCUCAAAGUUCUUUACAUUCACAGGAACAAUUUAACGGGAGGGAUCCCUCGUUCCAUUGGGAAUCUUACUUCUCUGGAAAUGCUAUCGGCUGCUAUAAAUCAUAUUGGAGGUAGUGUACCAGAUGUCUUGGGUCAGAUGAAAAACCUAACAACAAUCGGAUUUGCUGGCAAUGGACUCUCCGGUACACUACCUCCUUCCAUUUUUAAUCUCUCCAUGCUUACUAAUCUGUCUUUUGCUGUCAACCAACUACACGGUAGUCUUCCACCGAGUUUGGGUAUCAUGCUCCCUCAUCUUCAACUGUUUCAAAUAUGGGGUAACCAAUUUACCGGAACCCUUCCAUUCUCAAUAUCCAAUUGUUCAGCACUGCAAACCCUAGAAAUGCAACGAAAUAAUUUCAGUGGGAAAAUAGGAAUUAAUUUUGGAGGUCUUCCGGAUCUCGUGACAGUUAGACUGCACACGAAUAAUUUAGGAAGUGGAGAGCCAGAUGAAAUGAGCUUCAUUAGUUCCAUGACCAACUGUAGCAAUUUGAAAACAUUAGUUCUACUUCUUAACCAACUGAGAGGGUUUUUACCCAAUUCUGUGGGUAAUCUCUCGAGCCAGCUUGUUACUUUAGCGCUUGGUGGAAAUCUCCUCUACGGAAAACUCCCUUCAACAAUAGGUAAUCUUGUCAACUUAACGUUGUUAGGUCUAGAUAUCAAUCAAUUCGUGGGCACAAUUCCUACGGAAAUCGGUAAUCUUCAAAAUUUACAAGUGUUCGCUCUUGACAGAAACAACUUAUCCGGGAAAAUCCCAGAUUCUAUUGGAAACAUUUCAUUGUUGAUUCAACUUUUCUUGGGGAAUAACAGAUUAGAGGGCAACAUACCCCCAAGUCUUGGAAGCUGCAAGAAAUUGUUGUUGCUAGAUCUUUCUCGCAAUAAUCUUAAUGGCACCAUACCUAAAGAACUCUUGAGAGUUUCUGCUCUAUCAAUUUCACUUAAUGUUGGUCAUAAUCAUUUGUCCGGAUCCCUUCCUUCAGAUGUUGGGAGUCUAAAAAAUUUAGUGGAAUUGGAUAUAUCCGAGAAUGAGUUGUCUGGUGAACUUCCGAGUGGCCUUGGAAGCUGUAAUAGCUUGGAAAACCUCCACAUAGAGGGGAAUUUCUUCAAUGGAUCUAUUCCUAGAUCAUUGAGUUCCUUGAGAGGAAUUCAAUAUUUUGAUCUCUCUCGCAAUAAUUUCUCCGGACAAGUUCCAAGUUUCUUGGUGAAUUUUUCCUUGAUGAAUCUUAACAUUUCAUAUAACGAUUUUGAAGGUGAGGUACCGAUGGAAGGAGUUUUUCGAAAUACUAGUGCUAUAUCAGUUGUCGGGAAUAGUAAGCUUUGUGGGGGCAUACCUGAACUUCAACUACCCAAAUGCAACUUCAAAGAAUCGAAGAAACGGAAAAUGUCUCUUGCACUCGUGACAGUAAUCUCGGUAGUGUGCACAGUACUGUGUGUAAUGAUGGUGCUGUGUUUCUUAUUUUGUAUUUGGCUCAAGAAGAAAAGAAAGGGUCAACAUUCUGAAUCACUCUCGAAUGAAUUGUUCUUGAAGGUGUCUUACCAAUGGCUUCUCAAAGCAACUGACGGGUUUUCUUCAGCAAAUUUGAUUGGUGUGGGGAGCUAUAGUUCUGUCUAUAAAGGAAUUCUUGAUGAAGAAGAUGAGACAUCUGUUGUUGCCGUCAAAGUCUUAAACCUCCAACGUCGAGGAGCUUCCAAAAGUUUCAUGACGGAGUGCAAGGCCUUGAGAAAUGUUCGGCAUAGGAAUCUGGUAAAGGUCAUAACUUCUUGUUCGAGUGUUGAUUUUCACGGUAAUGAUUUCAAGGCUCUGGUUUACGAGUUCAUGCCCAAUGGAAGCCUAGAGAGGUGGUUGAAUCCGGAUCCGGGAACAGAAAAUAGACAGAAUAUUGAGAUUCAAAGCCUAAACGUGCUUCAAUUCAGAGUAAACAUUGCGAUUGAUGUGGCUUGUGCACUAGAAUAUCUUCACCAUCACUGUCAAACGCCAAUUGUUCACUGUGAUUUAAAGCCAAGUAAUGUACUUCUUGAUGAAGACAUGGUUGCUCAUGUAGGAGAUUUUGGGGUAGCAAGGUUUCUUCAAGUACUCUUAGAUCCAAAACAAAGCAAUUCAGUUGGAAUAAAAGGAACUAUUGGCUAUGUGGCUCCAGAGUACGGCAUGUCGAGCGAGGUGUCAAUAAAAGGAGAUGUGUAUAGCUACGGAAUCUUGGUAUUGGAGAUGAUGACCGGAAAGAGGCCCACUGACACUGUGUUCGUCGAUGGCCUUAAUCUCCAUAACUUUGCUAAGACGGCCUUGCCUGAUCGCGUUACAGAGAUUGUACAUCCAAUGCUCAUGAAGACUAAAGAAGAGGAGGAAACAACUGUGCCCAAAAAAAUUCAGGUUCCGAAAGAUUCAAGAAAUGACAUCAGAAAAGAAUGUAUCCUAUCCUUGAUUAGGAUUGGAGUUGCAUGCUCUAUGGAAGAUCCACAAGAUCGAAUGGAUAUAACCAAUGUCCUUCACCAGCUAAAUCUGGUGAGGGACAAUCUUGGAGGAAAUUGAAACUAAAAUGUCUUUUUUCAUUCUUAUUCCCCAUGAAGUCUUUUUAUUUUCAAAUUUGUGUGUGUACGUAUGCGUGUGUUAAAUGCAUGUAUAGAGAAUGUUGUUCCAUCAAUUAAUGAGAUCAAAUUUGAAAAAAUCACGGAUCAAUAUUUAUGCUUUUUGCG